AUGCCCAAUUUGGCAGCGGUUCAACUUCUUUCAUUUGCCGGAGAAGAAGCAAAGAAGUAUGAGGUCGGGAACAACAUUCCUACUCUUGAUUUCAAGGUAAAGAACUCUUGGGCAGGUGAAAUUGCGUUUGAAACGCCAAAUGUGAAAAAUGCUUCAAUUUUCUUUUGGCUUUGGGGUAGAGAUGACAUCAAUCCAGGUGAGGAUUUGGUGAUCUGGCUCAACGGCGGUCCGGGUUGUACAUCACUUCUUGGAAUGGUACAAGAGAAUGGCCCUUUCUUGCAUCAAAGUGUAAAAGAUAAACCUUAUCCCAACGGAUGGUCUUGGACAAAAGGUGUAAAUAUGCUGUAUAUUGAUCAACCUGCCGGCGUUGGCUUCUCAGAAGGAAGAACGUAUUACUCCAAUGAAACCCAAGUUGCAUCCGAUUUUGCUGCCUUUUUGGAUGAAUUCUGGAAAGUAUUCCCCGAAUUGAAAUCUAUGAACCUCUGGAUCGCUGCAGAAUCAUACGGAGGAGUUUAUGCGCCUGGAAUGAUGCAUAAGCUAUACAACGAUGGCAAGACUCCGCAAUUGCAAGGUGCAAUGAUUGUUGAUGGUGUCGUCACCAGCACGUAUCUGUCUCGAGAGUGCACGAUCUAUCAAUAUGCUAAUCAGCAUAAGGAAACGUUGAACUUUACUGAUCUAGAUCUCCAAGAUAUUAAGAACGAAGGUGAUUCAUGCGGCACAACCAAUUACGUCGAACAAAACCUGCAUUAUCCACCUCAAUAUCCUUUGCCAGACUUCAACAUUUCAUGCUCACCGUACAAUAUGUUCAGGAUGAGAGCCCAAGAAGCAAGACUGGACUUUGACGUCUAUAACAUCAAACGUCCUUAUGAUGAAAAUGAAUCACCCCUUGGAGAAGUUAAUACUUGGACAGCUCUAUACCAUCAUGACACCUUCUUUGAUAAUGUUGCUAUACAAGACUACAUCCAUGCACCUCACAAGAAAUGGGUUUCGUGCAAAACAAUCUUCUACAAUGGUGAUAAUAGCAAUUGGCCAGAUAAGGAUCCCGAUCAACAGAGCAACCACGUAUCCGAAUCGAUUGAAAAGAGCAAGAAAUUUUUAAUUCUGAACGGCAAUCUGGAUGCUUUGAUCAUUACCAACGGUACCGCUUUGGGCUUGCAGAACUUGACCUGGAACAACGGAACUGGGUUCAGUAAACCACCAUUGACUCCUCUCUACGAUCUAGAAGGCUAUCAAGCCGGUUCCUUUGUUGAAGAACGUGGUCUUACAUUCGCUCAAGUCUACGAAUCUGGCCAUAUGAUUCCAUACGAUCAACCUCCUUACGGAUAUACGGCCUUGUUGCACUUGAUCGGUAAGCGAGACUGGACUCAAAAGUGAACGAAGAGGCGUCUCCAUGGACAAUGAACGACUUUUUCUUAUCUAUUCCCAUUUCGUUUGGACAUUUAAGGAUAAUUUGUCCCUGAUUUUCAUCUUGCAGCGUUCCGAUACUCCUGUAGUGACCUUUAAUAUUGAUCAAUUUCAUCAUUUGACUUGACUUCUCGAUGACGAUGAGAGCUUGAACGAAAAUGUAAACAUUCAACUCCUUUAUUUGUGCUGCGCUGAUGAGAAAAACGUCCAUAUUUCAUUGACUCCUCUCAAGAAACUUAUACAUUUCUAAACGCAUAAUCAUGUCUCCUAUAGGCUUUUCUGAAUCCAUACAUAUUGAAUGACUUUCUCAGAAUAAGUG